AUGCUUCCCGCCCCGAGCUGCGCCGGCUGGGCCUUCGUGUACUGCACGACGCUGCUCUUCUUCAGCGCCUACCGCGUGCUGACUCUGCGCAGUCUCAUCACCAUGUACGGCACUGAAAAGGACGCGACGCUGGAUGUGCAAGUGGGCGCAGUGGCACUCGGCGCAUUGCAAGACCUCGUGUGCGCCACGUACCUGUCUGCUGCCCUGUGGGGUCGCAGAGCACGACAAAAAGCGACAGUCGUGCGGUUCUUUGCGUCGUUCCUGCUCUUUGCGUUCAUGUCGGUGCCCUUUGUGGCCGAUCAGCUGCUCGUUCGCAUCCGAGACAUGCGAUUCAACUUCGAUUUAGUGAAAAUGGCCAUCCACGAGUCGAAUAACGCCAGCGCCGCCGAGAUUUCGAGCGCCGAAGUGAAUCAAGCUUAUAUCAGUGCAGCUAUGGCCGUGGCUACAGCUACCGUCUUUGCCUGUGUCCGAGCCAGCAAUAACUGGGCAGAUCUGACCAGUUGGAGUCCUACGAAAGAGAUUAUUCGAAGCGCGAGAUGGUGCGGGCGACGCGUGAGGGCCGUUGUCGCUGUCAUGGCGCUGGUGCUGCUGCCUGCUGUGGUGCUGGCGCUAAGUCAGGCGUGCUCAGCGCUGGUGGCGUACGCGGCACUGAACGCGACGCUGAAUGAGCUCUUCAUGCACGCGCUGUUUGUCUCGUCUCAGGGUUUCUUGCCCUUGAUUGCGAACGGCAGCAUCUCAGCCGAGACGUACAUCCAUACCGAUACAGAGGACUAUGAACUGUUUCGAGAGGAUUCACUCUAUCGACGCACCACUGGAUUCCACGGAGAUCUCGCGUUCGACGUCAAAGUGGAGAACGAAAACCCGCCGAAUGUGUUGCUUGUCGUGGUGGAAUCGUUCCGGUAUCACGACUCGCACUACCUCGUGGGGCAGGAAGACCCGUCAAACCUGUUCCGAGGCAGCAACGUCACCGUCACGCCUAAUUUUGACAAAUGGGCCAAGCGUGGCGUGGCCUUCGGCAACAUGUGGUCGAGUUGGAGAACUAGUCGAUCCGUGGAGAGUCUUCUGUUUGCUCAGGUUCCUUACGACAGUGUGGCAGAUUCGGGGAUGACAGGCGGGAAGAAGAACUACCAACUGGACGGAUUACCGCAGCUCUUUAAAGCUAAAGGGUACGAGCCCUUCUUCACGACUGGCUGCAAAACAGACUACGACGACUGGGACACGUUCCUGCCCUCUCACGGCUUCGAUACGGUGUGGGGGCGGGAUGAAAUGAUCAAUUUGGCGGAAAGUGAUCUGGGCAUCACUCCUGAUCAGUGGUUUGGCAAGGAACAUCGCGAGCUUUACUGGGGCGUACACGACGACAUCAGCUACCAGAUUCUGGGCGAUCUCAUGGUCAACAAGACCAAAGAGCAGGGACAGCGUAUGGCCAAGGGGGAAGCGAAGAAGCCGCUUUUCCUGACGCACUACACCAUCUCCAGCCACGUGUCGUACGAGGAGCGCCCCACGUGGUAUGCUGAGGCAGAGAAGCCAGACUUCUCGUCGCUGUAUGACGGUGUGGAAUACGCGGCCAGUAUCAAGAACUACGUGGAGAUGCGCUAUUUCUCGGACAUGGAGUUUGGCAAGUUUAUGGACCGCAUGUCUGCUGCGGGCAUCCUCAACGAUACGAUCGUCGUUGUGGUCGGCGACCACGGUCAAGCCCCGGAAGCGGGAAACUACAUCCCGGAGGCUCGAGACGUGUCCGUUCAUCAUGUUGCGGGCGCGUUGGUGGCUGAAGGGCGACUGGGAGACGCCGUGGGGCUGAAGAUUGAGGACGCGUCCGAGCAGUACGAUAUCCUCAACACUCUGGCGGAUAUCGUCGGUGUUCCUGAAGAGGGAUUUCUGCAAGAUGGAGUCGGUCGAUCCCUCAAACGCCAAGCCACAUUCGGAGAGCGAGUGGUGUACAGCAACAAUCCCAGCCGGAAAAUGUCGAUUGUUCGCGGUACGGAGCGUCUGCGCUACGACCGUGCAGCGAGAUCUGUGCUUCUUCAUGACGCCAAGGCUGACCACGACAUGCACGUGGAUCUGUUCCCCGACUUGACUCUGGAGCAGCAGAACGAGUGGCUCACAUGGCGGGAUCACGGCCGCCAACUCACGGAAUAUUACGUCAAGCGGUGGGACAAGAGAUGUCUUUUUGCAGCCAAGUGCUAA